AUGGGCCAAGAGAAUUUCACAGCUAUUACUGAAUUUAUUCUUUUGGGACUGACAGACUGUGCUGACUUGAAAAUUAUUUUUUUUGUGUUGUUCUUGGUGAUUUAUGUCGUUACCUUGUGCUCCGUGCUGGGCAUGAUUUUCUUAAUCCAAAUAACUCCCAAGGUCCACAGGCCCAUGUACUUUUUCCUCAGCUGCCUUUCAUUUGUAGAUGCCUGCUAUUCAUCUGUUACUGCACCGAAAAUGCUGAUCAGCUUCUGGGUUGUGAGGAAAACCACCUCAAUCUCUGCCUGCAUAGCGCAGCAUUUAUGUUUUGGGGUGUUUAUCACCACAGAAGUCUUCUUGUUGCCAGUGAUGCCAUGUGACCGUUAUGUGGCCGUUGUCAACCCUUUGCUUUACAGUGUAGCCAUGUCUAAGAGGAAGUGUGUAGGGCUGGUCACUGGGUCAUGGAUAUGUGGAAUAAUUAACUCAUUAAUACACACAAGCUUCGGCAGACUGUGCUUCUGUAGGAGGAAUGUUGUCAGUCAUUUCUUCUGUGAUAUUCCCUCACUCCUAAAGCUGUCAUGUUCUGAUACUUCCGCGAAUGAAUUGUUGCUCUUAACCUUCUCUGGAGUCAUUGCCAUGGCCACCUUCUUGAUUGUGACCAUUUCCUACAUGUUCAUUGUUUUUGCUAUCCCGAGGAUCCGCUCAGCCACAGGCAGACAGAAAGCCUUCUCCACCUGUGCCUCUUACCCGGCUGCUGUGACCAUAUUCUAUGGUACCUUAAGCUUUAGUUACCUCCAGCCAAGUUCCCAGUAUUCCGUAGAACAGGAGAAGGUGGUUUCUGUGUUCUAUACACUAGUGAUUCCCGUGUUAAGCCCACUUAUUUACAGUCAGAACAAAGAGGUAAAGGAUGCUGUGGAAAGGGCCACAGAAAUGAAACAUUUCCCCUGUUAA